AUGGCAAGCAAUAACGAACGUGUUAAUCCUCAGGUGCAGUCUCAAACCCUUCGCCGCAAGAAAAUCAUGAAAUACUCAUUAUAUGCUGCUGCUUUCGUCGUGUUCCAGACCAUAGUCAUAACCGCAAUUGCACUAACUGUGAUGCGCAUCAAGAACCCUAAGUUCAGGUUGCGCAAUACUGUAGUAGAGGACAUCGUCUAUAGCUCGAACACAUCCACUACCUCAUUUGGCAUGAGGAUCCAUGCUGAAGUUACUGUCGAGAACACCAAUUUUGGUAACUUCAGCUUUGAGAACAGCACGGUAACGUUCGCUUAUGGAGGGAAUACAGUGGGAGAGGUCUUUAUUGCUAGGGCUCGAGCCCGGGCUAGAUCGACCAGAAAGAUCGAUGUGAUGGUGGAUGUGAGUUCGAACAAUGUAUCCAGCAACUCAAACUUGGGCAGUGAUCUAAACUCUGGGCGUUUGAUGCUGACCAGCCAUGGUAGAUUGAAUGGAAGGGUGCAGGUGAUGAAGCUGAUAAAAAAGAGGAAAUCAGCGCAAAUGAAUUGCACCAUGGGAGUUAAUUUGAUGGAGAGAGAGAUCGAUGAUCUGAACUGCGACUAA